AUGCAAGAACAAAUUCAGGAUAAAGCGGGUGAGCAACUUCAACGAUUGAAUUGGGAGCGUCUGAAGAAAAAGAUCCACGGUCUCGUCAAUAAAGUCAACGCCAGCAAUCUUGUCGGAAUUGUGCGAGAGCUUCUGCAAGAAAACAGUACCCGUGGAAAGGGUUUGCUGACCGGAUCGAUGAUUCAAGCACAAGUCUUUUCUCCUCAAACUUUUCAUCCUGUAUUUCGAGAAAGUCACGAUUUUGUGUUUCAAAUUAAACUUGGACUUGAACUGAACUUAAACUCGACU